UACAAACUCUCAAACCACACCCUUUUCACCUCUUCCUCCUUAUCUUCUUCUUCUUCUUCUUCUUCUUCUUCUUCAAAGCAGUCAUCCUUCAACAAUGGCUUCCCUCUCUAUCCCCAAACACUCCCUUGUUUCCACUCUCCCAACCCAAACCCCAAAACCCAUUUCUUCUCAAAGCCUCUGCAUCAUCUCCAAUUCAACACAAUCCCAAUUUUGCGGACUGAAAUUGUCAAACCCAUCUUCUCUCUCCUCCCCAUUCCCUUCCCGUUCUUCCAAAUUCUCCAUUGUUUCUAAGGUUAAAGAAGGUACUUUGGCACCUGCAUUUAGUUUGAAGGAUCAAGAUGGGAGGAAUGUGAGCUUGUCUAAGUUUAAAGGGAAGCCUGUUGUUGUUUACUUUUACCCAGCUGAUGAAACCCCUGGUUGCACCAAACAGGCUUGUGCUUUUAGAGACUCGUAUGAAAAGUUUAAGAAAGCAGGAGCAGAGGUUAUCGGUAUCAGUGGCGAUGAUUCAUCAUCUCACAAGGCAUUCAAACAGAAGUACAAACUUCCUUACACUUUACUAAGUGACGAGGGUAACAACGUGAGAAAAGAGUGGGGAGUCCCUUCGGAUCUCUUUGGAGCUCUCCCCGGGAGACAAACCUACGUCCUUGACAAGAAUGGAGUUGUCCGGCUCGUUUAUAACAAUCAAUUUCAACCCGAGAAGCAUAUUGACGAAACCCUCAAGUUUCUACAAAGCCUUUGAGAAUUUUUCUUUUCUGGUGGCAGAUUAUGUGAAUCCUCUCUCUUUUCUCAGUGCAAUCAACUACCAUUCAUCCCCGAAUCCUUGGUUCUCCAAUGUAUGUCUUAGAUCUUCCUUUUUUGCAGUAAUUGUGAUUAUUUCUGUAUACUAAAUCACUAUCAACAAUUUAAAUGCAAUAAAAGUUGAGAAUAUCAGUUUGUA